UUUAACAUAUCCACAUUUACCGAAUACAAUCGCGAACGAUACUUGCGAACGUGCUCGACGCGGUACUCUCGAAGAGUAAUCAACCGAGAUUAACGUUAAUUAUUUCGUUGUGCGUUGAGAUAACUUGUUUGCAUUGGAAUUACGAAAGUUAUUCACGUGUCGCGCACGCCGAAUGAAAGCGAACGUUGAGAAUCAUUUGAAAUUCAAAGAUUUGUGUUAACAGUGAACAAGUUCCACCUGUAAGCAAAGGAAAGAGUGCGUUCCAAGUGCGUUCGUGCGUAGCUUCACGCGUUUCACGGCCAUUGGGUGUCCUUUAACUUCAACUGCAGAUAUCGCAAGUUCCGGCAAUCGACAGCGGUCAGAGUGCAGCCAACGAUCAGCGUGUGCAGAUCCUUUUUUUACAAUCGGCGAUUAUCGCUUGUUGCUGCGAGGAGUUUAAAAAAGUUUGCGCUGCAUUUCUAUUGGCCCGUGGCGACGUAAUCGACGCGCUCGUUCGCUCGUCCUAGACACUCAUCGGAUCAGCUGCGGUUUGCGCGUGGGUGCGUGCGGUCUGAGUUGGAACCGUUGAAGUGGUUUGGAAGCCGGAAGCAAGGAAGUGCAUCGUUCUGCAUGCAGCCUGCAGUCGAAAAUUGACGUAAAAACGUAACUAGUAAAGAUGAUCGCCGGCUAUGGACCAGUCACGCAGGCAUUUCUGGGUACUUUGUUAACAUGGGGCCUCACUGCCGCGGGAGCAGCCCUUGUUAUCUUCGUGCGCGGCUCUCAACGUAAAUUAUUAGAUAGUAGUUUAGGUUUUGCUGCCGGUGUCAUGACAGCAGCGUCUUUUUGGAGUUUGCUGGCUCCUGCAAUUGAAAUGGCUGCAGAGUCAAAACUUUAUGGCGAAGAAGGUGAAUAUGCAUUCAUUCCUGUUGGCAUUGGUUUUCUUCUGGGGGCCUUAUUUGUGUAUGGCACUGAUGUGUUGAUCACAGUUCUUGGUGUCCAUUCACCUAACAUGAUGCUUGCAUUGCAUUCCAAUCGCAAACAAGACAAGAGAGAAGAGGAGACAAAAGCACAUCUAGCUACUAUAAGAGAUACUACUACAAUUGAAGGCUUUAAUGAUUCCUUGCAUAAUACAAGAAGAAGAGGUAGGAAUAAAAAUACUAAUCAGGCUGAUGAAAUAGUUUCUCAGACUUAUGAGGAAGGGUCGAACAUCGAGGAGAUUCAGCAUGGCCAAUGGAAGCGGAUUAUGCUUCUGGUGAUUGCAAUUACCGUUCAUAACAUACCUGAAGGGCUUGCUGUGGGCGUCGGCUUUGGCGCUAUCGGGCGGUCGUCUUCUGCCACACUUGAAAGUGCGCGAAAUUUGGCUAUUGGUAUCGGCAUACAGAAUUUUCCAGAAGGACUUGCAGUGAGUCUACCACUUCAAGCAGCUGGUUUUUCAACAUGGCGAAGUUUCUGGUACGGACAAUUGAGCGGAAUGGUGGAGCCGAUCUUUGGAGUCCUUGGCGCUGUGGCGGUGGCGCUGGCGACGCCUGCACUGCCGUAUGCGUUAUCCUUCGCGGCAGGUGCGAUGAUCUACGUCGUUGUCGAUGACAUUAUACCCGAAGCCAACACCAAUGGCAACGGAAAAUUGGCGACAUGGGGCGCAGUUGUUGGUUUCCUCGUAAUGAUGACACUCGACGUCGGAUUGGGAUAGUAUUGGCACUAUCUGCAUGCGACAACUUGCAGACGUGUGAGACGCAGACGUUAAUAUGAUUUUAAAUUAUUUUAGACCUAAACAGUCCAGAAAUUGACCCAAGUAACCUAUUUUAUGUACCUUAUGUCGUGUUCUGAUCGUCGUUAGUUCCAGUUUUAGCCACACACUCAAACACAUCCAGUUAAUUACUUAAAACGGUUUAGUACACUUUCUAUUUUCAUUGGGCGAUUAUUGCGCCCGUGUUCACUGAGAUUCGUACCGAAGAAGUAUUAUCUGUACUUAUAAUACCUUCGACCCUGUGUCCAAUAGGAUAACUUUCCAAGCCGCACUAAUAACGUUGUUCAUUGUCAAUAACACACAACUGUGAUAUUAGAGAAGCAUUAAUAUACAUAUAUCUAUGUAGGCUAUAAUAAUAUUGACGGGAAUGAUGAGAUUUAAUUGUAUCUAUGGAACUGUUUUAUAAUAAAUAAAACGGUGGAGAUUUUAA